CGACCGGCCGGCUAGCUGGCUGAGCGACUCGGCUCGGGCUGCCAUUGCUUUCUCCAGCUCAGUCAGUGUACUGCGCGCCAUGGGCAAUGUCGUUGCCCCGGCCACCGGCUCGCCUCCGCUAUGAAGCCCAUCACGUUCGAGAACCUGCGCCGUCUCGUUGGCGGCGGCAGGAAGAAGAAAGACCGAGCGGAGUCCUCGUUCAAAAGAAGUGAUUCGUUCAAGAGGAUAUCGAUUCGGAAGAAUUACCUGGACCGCGGCGGCAAGGGAAGGAACCCUCUGAGUGCGGCGAGUCGCGCACAGGCGGCGGAGAAGAAGAACGGUGCGGUGCCUCCGAUCAGUGAGACCAGUGCGGAAGCCGGCGCGGUGCCGGUGGUGAUCGGCUACGGCCAGUGGAUAAAGUGCAUGAAGGCUGAGGAUUAUGGCAGUAAGGAGAGGACUCGCUCGCCCUCGCAGGAGAGGAAGCCUCCGACCCCGCCUCCCAGGAAGAAGUACAACACUCCCAGUGCGGACUCCUCCCUGGAGAUACUCAGGUUCGAGAAGUCGCCCAUUUUCGUGCGCAGGCGGUUUCGGAUGUCGCCUCCUCCGUCGUCGAAGGUGUUGGAUCCCAAGACCGAGGACCGGGAGCGCAGUGAUUCCGCUUUGAGCGUCAGUCUAGGGCGAGUGUGGAUGGACGCCCCUCUGGCGAUGGCCAACGCCCCGCGGAGCUUGGAGUUGCCCAGGCCGUCGUCCUCGUCCGCGGACACGGAAGUCAGUGCACGCCGGGCUCACCACUCGCUCGAGAGUGCGCUAAAAGACCGGCGAGACGACAAGCCCCAGUGUUCCCGACGCUUCCAUAACUACCCCUCCCGCCCUCUAUCUCCUACUCCCUUCAUAAUGCCCAAUCCGUCAGCCAUAUGCAGGACCUUAUCCUCCACCACUCAGACCACAUCCACCAGUAAAACCAUCUCGUCGAGGGGCUCCACCGAACUGCUCAGUACGAGUAAAGAUUCCGGAUUCUCUUUUUCGAUAUCGAUCCCUCGUCUCACCGAUUUCGGGUCUCCAAAUGCCGGUGGAGGAGGUUUCUUCCGUAAGAAAAAGUGCACCAAGCCGAAGCCCAGCGUCAGUAGAGACGGUUACUUUAAGAGGACCAGUGGUGCUUACAAACAGGUGGACUCGCCGCGGCGCGGGUCCUUACGCAGGAGCAGCAGCCGUACGAGCGCCAAGGCGGGUAAUGGUGCCGGCAGAAAGAAGUCGUACGGCGGUACGGCGCGGAGUGACAUGUACCAAGUGGUGGUAGGCCGGCCGCCGAGGUCGUUAAAGUCCCUGAAACUGGAUCCUAUGAUCUUCGUACCGCCGGAAAAACGGAAACCGACCAACACCGUGCGGAGGCCAGUCAAACUGGAGGUGCAGGAGAUCCGGGACUACUGUUCCCCGAGAGACGUGCGCGAGGAGGUGGACGAGGGUCUGUACGAGUGUAUCUCCGGGGAGUUGUCGAGCGAGGGCGAGUGUCCGCCGGGGCCGACGUUCAGCGACAACGACGCCGACACGGAGGACGAGACGUACGCGCCCCUGGGAGUGUCUCCAGUGCCGGACCGCAGACCAGUGCGCCGCAGGAAGUCUGCACGGAAAAACGUGAAAUACCUGGUGAAACCGACGAUACAUCGUGCUCCGUCCACCCUCAAGAAGAACAGGAAAGCCGUCAAGAAAAUAGGGGACAUCACACAGAAAGGCUACGAGAAGAAGAGGACGAGGCUGCUGGCGCCCUAUGCUCCCAAGCAGACGCAAGUGCGAGGAGCCAGCCAGGGCCCGGCCCAGGCCCAGAGUAGCCCCAACACGAGGGCCCGUCGCCGCGGCAAUCGUCGCCUCACCAGGAACGAGAGUCGCUACCACUCAGAGGUGCGGCAGGAGGCUGUGCAGCAGGCGUUGGCUGCGAUGCAGAACCGGCCAAAGCCGUCGCUACCGAUGCCUUCCAAGAGAACCUCCGUCAUGGCCAAGAGUCCAGACAGGGACCGCCAUGAUUCCGCGUCCAGCUCUGACGACGAGAGCGUGGGCGGAGGAGACCAGGGCAGUACGCCAGAGCGAGAGAGGGUGAGCAACCGAGGGGUGCAGCCACUGCCCCCCCAGUCUGAUACCAGCAGCACAGGUUCGGCCAGGGAGACUCCCCCACAACAGCGCCAGAUACACAGGCACACCAGGUUACCAAACGGAGGUGCGGGCCAGACUGUGUGGGAAGAUCACCGGGAGGAACACAAACGCAACAAACACGAGAUCACAGACUUGGCAGAUGUGAUGCACAACCUCAGGCCUUACUCUCAACCCCCUGACGUGACGCACAACACAGCACAGUCGAGACGCAUCACGCCAGCCGAUCGAGUCAACCGCUACAACCAGUCUCGCCAGUCCUCCGACGAUGGCAUGGGUACAGUGACAGGCACGGGGCGGUGGAAGGUGUCUGCCAAGAUACAGCAGCUGCUCAACACCCUCAAGAGGCCCAAGCGGCGACCUCUGCCAGAGUUCUACGAGGACGAUGACAUUGAGCUCGAGAUUGCAGCCAACCCGAAGGAUCCCAACGCCCCCAAGCCCGAGGGUGGGACCAUGACCCCUGCCAUUGGGGAGCAGUUGGUGGUUCCCUCUGGACUCCCCCGGAACCUGGAGGCUGCCAUCCAGAGGUAUGGCUCAGCUACCUACAAGGCUCCAGUAGCGACAGUGUUGGACCCCAACGGCAAGCUGAGCAUCACUCUGACGUAUGGCAAAUUGCUGAGCAGGUCACAGAAAGUUGCGUACACGCUGCUCAACAAGUCUUUCAGCAAGUCCGGCGAGACUUGUCUCAAAUGUGGCGACCGAAUUGCUCUGGUCUACCCCAACAAUGACCCCAUCAACUUCAUCUGUGCGUUCUACGGCUGCAUGUUAGCAGGCAUCGUGCCUGUCCCCAUCGAGGUGCCACUCACCAGAAGGGACGCUGGAUCACAGCAGAUCGGGUUCCUGCUGGGCAGCUGUGGUAUCCAGGUGGCACUGACGUCGGAGGCAUGUCUUAAGGGCCUGCCGAAGACUGCGGCCGGGGACGUGGUGGCGUUUAAGGGCUGGCCCAGACUGCACUGGUUUGUCACUGAACACUUGGCAAAGACGCCCAAGGACUGGCUACCCACACCUAGACUUACUGAUGACACUCCUGCGUACAUUGAGUACACUACGGACAAGGACGGCUCGGUGAUGGGUGUGACAGUGACACGGGCUGCCAUGCUGUCACACUGUCGCAUGCUGACACAGUCCUGCAACUACACCGAGGGGGAGAACAUGGUCUGCGUGCUGGACUUCAAGCGUGAGACAGGCCUGUGGCACAGUGUGCUGACCAGUGUGCUCAACGGCAUGCAUGUUGUCUUCAUCCCCUACGCUCUCAUGAAGGUUAAUCCUGCCUCUUGGAUGCAGAUGAUCACCAAGUAUAGAGCGAGUGUUGCUGUAGUCAAGUCCAGAGACCUACACUGGGGCCUACUGGCCACCAAGGACCACAAAGAUAUCAGCCUGAGCUCUCUACGUCUGCUGCUGGUAGGCGAUGGUGCCAACCCCUGGUCCUUGUCUUCCUGCGACCAGUUCCUCAGUGUGUUUCAAGCCAAAGGUCUGCGCCCUGACGCAGUCUGUCCCUGCGCCAGCUCAAGCGAAUGUCUCACCGUCUCUGUCAGAAGGCCUGGCAGAGCGGGUGUGAACGCCACAGGACGGGGAGUGCUGUCUAUGUCUGGCCUCAGUUUCGGUGUUGUGAGAGUCGACCAAGAGAACUCCCUCACCUCCCUCACGCUGCAGGACUGCGGUCAAGUCAUGCCUGGCUGUGUGAUAGUAGUAGUGAAGAUGGAGGGACCCUCGUAUGUGUGUAAGACUGAUGAGGUAGGAGAGAUCUGUGUGAGCAGUGAGGCGACUGGCAGCCAGUACUGGGGUCUGGCCGGACUCACCAACUCUACGUUCAAAGUGCAGGCUCUACUGGCUGACGGCAAGCCUCUUAGCGACGCUCUCUACACACGCUCGGGUCUGCUAGGCUUCCUUGGGCCGGGAGGUUUGGUGUUUGUGUGCGGCUCGCGAGAUGGCUUGAUGACAGUAACCGGACGUAAACACAACGCUGACGACAUCAUCGCAACUGUGCUGGCAGUGGAGCCCAUGAAGUUCAUCUAUCGCGGCCGCAUCGCAGUGUUCAGCAUCCGUGUGUUACGAGAUGAGAGGAUAUGUGUGAUCGCCGAGCAGCGUCCUGACUGCAGUGAGGAGGAGAGUUUCCAGUGGAUGUCUCGAGUGUUGCAAGCAGUUGACUCGAUACACCAGGUGGGGCUGUACUGCCUGGCUCUGGUGCCCCCCAACUACCUGCCCAAGACUCCGCUCGGCGGUAUCCACCUGAGCGAGUGCAAGCGGCGGUUCCUCGAGGGUACCCUGCACCCCGCCAACGUGCUGCUCUGUCCCCACACUUGCGUCACGAAUCUGCCCAAGCCUCGGGAGGUCCACUCAGACGUGGGCCCUGCGUCAGUCAUGGUGGGCAACAUCGUCCAGGGCAACAGGCUGGCCAGCGCACAGGGUAGGGACAUGGGCAUCGUGGACGAGGAGUCCGAUUCCGCCAGGAAGUAUCAAUUCAUCUCAGAGAUCCUGCGGUGGCGAGCUUCAGCACGUCCGAAACACGUCAUAUUCACGUUGCUCAAUGCCAAGGGCGGGGUGGCUCAGCUACUCUCCUGCUCUCAGUUGCACAAGCGAGCCGAGCGAGUCGGGUCCCUGUUGCUGGAGCGAGCAAAGAUCAACACGGGUGAUCAUGUCGCACUAAUCUUCCCUCCAGGCAUUGAUCUCAUUUGCGCCUUCUCCCCC